UUUCAUUCAGCAGCACAAACGAAAGCGCGCGAAUAUUAUCAAAACAUUUAGCCUGAAGUUGUUGAUCAACUUUGAAGUGUAACGUAAAUGUAAUGUUAUAUAUAAUGAACGGGAAGGAAGCGUCUCCGAGCAUAGUUACAAUAACAAGUACAACCGAUGAAAAUGCUUCUUUUUCAGACGUAGACUGCACAGUUAAAUCAUGGAUUAUUGACUAUUUGUUUCUCUCCAUAACUCAUCAUUUCAAAGAGAAGAAUUCCGCUGAGUUCAUGAGAGCUGUACGGUCAUUCGAAGCUUUGAUCGAUGGGCUUCAAUUGGAUGACCAUCAAAUGAAAAAGAAGUUGGUCUGUGGUUUCCUUGCGAGGGUCAUGGACGCCAAAAAUUUAGAUGUCCAGUACACCCAGGAAGAGGAAGUCAAACCACUGAUGUCAGCUGUUGUAGUUUGGAAUGCUAUGGACAAAGUUGUGGCAGAUGCAAACCUUCACCAAACAGUCAAACGUCUGCUUUUCAUUCAGUCGGUCAGCGUGUGUUUGGAGAAAGGAAUGCCGUCAAUGGCCAAGGAUGCCCUACAGUGGUUCGAACGAGAAUGUGACCUUCCACAGAAAUUACAAAUGAAACUGGCCUCAAUAGUAAGUGCCAAGAACACCUAUGACGCGUACCUCACCAGCUUCAGUUUCACCCGCCUGUUGGACCAAAUACAAGCGUUCCUAGACUCUUUCCUUGAAGAAAACCCAUCAAGCUUUCUUCUGCAGGCAGCCUCUAAGGUGGUUCAUGCCAGACAGGAGAAAGACAAGUCAGGGGCCCAGUCCCAGAAGCUGUUGGAGGAGAAUGAUGGAGAGACUAUAGAGACAUUGCAGGAGAAUGGAGGAGAGACUAUAGAGAACGACGAGGAGCUUGUGUUGCACUCGACGCUCAAUAGACAUAAGAAGAGACUGCUUGGGAAACACACUCAGCCUUGGAAUCCUGAAUCUGCCAAGAAGCCUGCAAAGAACUUCAAAGAGUCCAAAUUAAAAGUUACCCGCCUAUCUGCCCGAAACAGAUCACCGCCGUCCGUGGAGAACUCCAUGCUGAGGACCAGGAAGAUGUGGACGAGCGGAGAGGACAAAUUUCUCAAAGCCGGAGUGCGCCAAUACGGAGAGGGCAAGUGGUCGCAGAUCCUGCAGGAGUAUGACUUUGGCGACCGCACCUCCGUCAACCUCAAAGACAGAUGGCGAAUCUUGAAGAAACGUGAACUGGUCUAGUGGACUACCAGCAGCAGCAGUAGCAGUCAUGGGGGAAAAAAAAUGCCUUUUUUUUUUGUUUUUCUUGUAAAUGAAAAUAUGUUUUAUGACAUUUUCACAGAACUAUUACAAUGGUAUUUAUUUAUUUUCCAGAAGAAUAUGUAGCAGUCAAUUUAAUUGAAGAUGCUUGCAGCCAAUUAGCAGUUUUAUGUUAAAUACAGUAAUAAUGAGAAAACAGAACUCUGUAAAAUAAACUCACAUGACCUGACUAAUUAUUGUUGCUAAUAAACAUAUUCAAUAGCUUGUUUUAAAUGGAA